AUGGACACAAAUAUAUUAACAAGAGUGCCUACUAGUGAUUCGUCGUCAUCUUCGUCUAGUGAUCAACCGAAGAAUGUAUCCACUUCGUCUGCUGUGAAUGUAACGGAAGCAGUAACAACCACCGUCAACAACGAUCCUGUGCUAUCACAACCCGCUCGUCGUGGAUUCCAGAAUAGUAUUCUUAUCUGGCUCGAUUCCAAUAUUGAUGAAACCAAGGAAUAUUUUAAAAAUGCUUUGAAACGUCUACGGCAUGUAGUGCCAUCAGCCACGAUAUUUACCGAUUCUCAAGAGUGUCUUAAUUUUAUCAGUGAAAUUAAACAAAAAAAAAUAUUUAUGAUUAUUUCUGGUUCAUUAGGACAAUAUAUUGUACCAGCAAUUAAUGCAUGGCCACAAUUGGAUUCCAUUUAUGUAUUCUGUCGCGAACCAGCGUUUCAUAAACAAUGGAGCAAAAUGAUCUUGAAAGUAAAGGGCAUUUACAACAGCAUGAAACAGAUCUGUGAAGCGUUGCAGAUCGAUCGGGACAUCUGUGAGCGCUCUAUGAUCCCGAUUACUUUUUGUGGCAUCGAUCCGUCGUUUAUAUAUGUACAGUUAUUGAAAGAGGCACUUUUACAAAUCGAAAACGACGACACAAAAUCUAUGAAAGAAUUCGCUGAAUACUGUCGUCUUCGAGAUGAUAUUUCUAAGAGUGAAAUUGACAAAAUCGAAAGAAAAUAUCAAUCCCAUAAAUCAACUUACUGGUAUAUAUCAUCCUGCUUCAUGUACAGCAUGCUCAAUCGUAGCUUUCAACUAAUGGAUGUUGAAGUUAUAGUUAAAAUGAAUUUUUUUAUUCAACAUUUACACAAAGAAAUUGAACGUUUACAUCGUGAACAACAGCAACAACAACUGUCCACGAAGACCCCUCCAACUUGUUUCCGAGUUUUCCGUGGUCAAGGUUUAUCAUUGGAAAAUUUCGAAAAAAUGAUAAAAACUGAAGGAGGACUCUUGUCUGUUAAUAAUUUUCUCUCGGCAAGUCGUAAUUUGAAUGCUUCUCUUCAUAAUUAUGCAUAUCCGGCAACACGGCAUCCCGAUUUAAUUGGCAUACUGCUUGUGAUAACCAUUGAUCCUAAAAUUUGUGCAACCUCAUCAAUACAUUUCGCUGAUGUGAAAACAGUUGAUCAAAAUGAAGGACGAAGAGAAGAAGAAGAAAUUCUUUUUUCCACACAUACGAUUUUCCGCAUCGAUCGAAUUAAACGAAUUCACGACGAUCAUACUGAUAGACUAUGGCAAGUAAAUCUUACUCCUAUUGGUGACGGUAAUCAUGAUAUGAAUACGCUUACACUACGUUUACGACAAGAACUGACUUGGAAGAUCGGCUGGUCUCGAGUUAGUGAAAUACUUAUGCGAAUGGGCGAACCACUAAAAGCAGAACAUCUGUGUAAAAUCGAACUUGAUAAAGCAUCUUCAGAUCAAGAGAGAGCAGACUAUAACAAUCAACUUGGUAAGCUGUAUGCAGAAACAGGCAAAUAUUCGAGAGCACUUUCAUCGUACAAAAGAGCUCUACACAGUAGCAUGAAAAUUCUUCCAACGAAUCAUUCUGAUUUGGCUGAUGCCUACCGUGCUAUAGGCAUGGUCUAUUUUCAGAUGGGCGAACAUUCCAAAGCGCUCUCAUCACUCACACAAUCCAUUGAUAUCCAAAAACUAGCACUUAUUACAGAUGAUAUCAAAUUGGUUGAUUCCUACGACAACAUAGGUAUGGUGUAUUUUCAGAUGGGCAAUUAUUCCAAAGCACUCUCAUCAUUCCAACGAUCACUUGAGAUCCAAAAAUUAGGCCUUCCUGUCAAUCAUCUGGUCUUAGCUUCUUCUUACACACGCAUCGGCAAUGCGCAUGCUAAAAUGAAUGAGUAUUCAGAAGCACUUUCAUCGUUCAAAAAAGCACUUGAAAUACAAAAAGUAGGUCUUCCUUCCAAACAUCCUGACUUCGCAGAAACGUACAAAAACAUCGGUGCAAUGUAUAAACACAUGGGCAUGUUCUCGAAAGCAGUACGCUCACAAGAACGAGCACUUCAAAUCAAAAACAAAGAAGUCUCUUCAAACCAUCAGGGUCUGAUCAUUUCAUAG